GCGCGUGCACAGCAGAGUGACGGAUGACAAAAGGUCCCGAGCUCCUCUUCCUCCUCUUCAUCUGUGCUGACGUCACGGGGACGGUCAACAUGUCAACAGGAAGUGGAUUGGUGUCGGUGGACUUUGAAGUCUUUGGUCACGUUCAAGGAGUUUGCUUCAGGAUGUACACUGAGAAGGAGGCGGGGCUCCUGGGUGUGGUGGGCUGGGUGAAGAACACCCACAGUGGGACGGUGGUGGGUCAUCUCCAAGGUCCUUCUGAUGCCGUGGAGGAGAUGAAAGUGUGGCUGAGCAAAGUAGGAAGUCCCGGCAGUCGCAUCAGCAGAACUUCCUUCAGCAACUCCAACAACAUCAACAAGCUGGAGAUGAGCGGCUUUCACACUCGCUACUGAACACCUGAGGAACACCUGAAGUACACCUGAGGUCCUUCACCUGUCCUAUACCUACUGUUUCCUGUCACAUGCUCCUAUAUGUCUUUUUACUAUCUCUUUUAUUUUGUAGGCUCUCCUUGUGCUACUUCCUGCCUGUGCUGUGUGCACACCUGCAUGCACCACCACUUUUUGCACAGUAAACACAAAUUAUGUC